AUGGAGGUAGACGGCACCGUGGCUGCCCCGGAGGAGCGUGUGGUGGAAGAACGCCAGCGGCUGUGUGCAGAAUUUGCGGCGAUUACGGGCCGUGGCUGCGACGUGGCUCAGUGCUAUCUGGCGGAGAAUGACUGGCAGAUGGAAAGGGCGCUCAACUCCUACUUCGAGGCGGCCGUAGACCUCGGAGCUCUGGACUCGAGGACGCCGACUCCUCCGACGCCCCCGCUCGCCCCUACCCCAGCUGAGGCGGUCUGUGUUGACCUGACAAAUGAACCAACAAUUGAUAUCACCAAUACUGAUGUUAAUAUAGAGAAUUGUGUCCAGAAAGAAGAUGACAGUACGUUUUCUUUAAUUACCUGGAAUAUUGAUGGAUUGGAUAUAAACAAUUUGCAAGCUAGGGCUAGAAGCGUCUGUGAAUAUUUAGCUUUGUACACUCCAGAUGUGGUAUUUCUUCAAGAAGUGAUUCCACCAUACUAUGAUUACCUAAAGAAAAGAGCCACCAGUUAUAGAAUUAUUUCAGGUAAUGAAGAUGGCUAUUUCACAGUAGUAAUGUUGAAGAAGUCAAGAGUGAAGUUAAUGAGCCACGAAAUUACACCUUUUCCAGCUACUCAAAUGAUGAGAAACCUUUUGUGUGUGCAUGUGUCUGUAUGUGGUAAUGAGCUUUGCCUUAUGAGUUCUCAUCUAGAGAGCACCAGAAACCACUCUCGGGAACGGAUGAAUCAGCUAAAAAUAGUGUUAAAGAAAAUGCAAGAGAUCCCAGAGUCCGUUACUGUUAUAUUUGGAGGAGAUACAAAUUUAAGGGACCAUGAAGUUUCUAAAGUGGGUGGCUUGCCUGACAAAAUUUUGGAUGUUUGGGAGUUUUUGGGCAAACCUGAGCAUUGUCGGUAUACUUGGGAUACACAAGCCAACACUAAUUUGGCAAUAGAGGCUAGCUGUAAACUACGAUUUGAUCGGAUAUUUUUCAGACCUGCAGCAGCUAGGUGGCAAAGCAGAGAGAGUACCAACUCAGGAAGAUGUGAAUUCAAAUCCAACCUCAGAUAUUUCCAGCUAUGUGACCCUGGAUGCUGACCAUCUGAGUCUCAUGUCCCAAUAUGGUGCAAACAUCACACACCCUUCCAUGUUUGGAAAUAUCCAUCCUUCCCCCUGGUUCAGAUGAGUCUGAGGUAAUGGUCAUCACUAUCUGCCUUGCGAUUUGGCCUUUACACUAAUAUGAGCUUUCUGAAAUGAACUAACCGAUCAACUUUGUAAUUGGGUAACUGUUUCUAAAUAAGGUCUAUAUGAUGUUAUGUCUUGUGAGAUGUCAUCAACCUUAUAUGGAAGUAGUCAUUGUGUUACUGUCCUGGUAUAUAAACCGGGUCUUUGCCACCGGCAUGGUCUCUUGCUGGGGUCCAACAAUGUAAUAUGUGCAAGAGUGCUUUUAUUGGGGGACUUGGUCCUCUUCCAGUACAUUCUAACUUUCUACUUUGACUUGGAGAAAUUUGGCUUUUUGACUUUACUUAAAUCGUCUAUAUUGAGUUGGUGAGUUUCUAUUAUGGGAAUCCCCUUAGAAGCAUGUACAACUCCUGACCAGUACAAACAUCAUCUCAUUCAUUCAUAACUGAGGAAGCCGAGACUGAGGGCCAGUGAGCAUCCAGCUUAGAGCUAGGCCUUGUAGAAAAGGAAUUCAGAAGAGGUUCUUAGAGCAAAAAAAGGAAAAAGCCCAGAGGCUCCACUCUUGUCUUUUCCCAGAGUCGGACUUGACUAAAAUGAAUGAACCACAGUGUACUAAUGUACAGAUCACUAGGUAGUAGAGGUAUAUGUUUGAAUCAUAUCAAGUAGAAGGGACUUCAGAGGCCAAAUAGUCCAACUUUAUUUUACAGAUUAAGAAACAGACCCAGGGAGGUUGAGACUUGCCUGUAGUCAUACUAGCUCAUUAUAGAUGGAUUUGAACCCAGAUCCUUUGUCUUGUAGAACCCAGAGUGCUUUCCACAGUGGUUGAGUAUGACACUUUGUCACCCCAUUUAGCAUUUUCUUAGCAAAGACAGCAGAGGGGUUUGCUGUUUCCUUCUCCAGCUUAUUUUAUAGUAGCAGAAUUUGAGAAUUAAGUGACUUGCUGAGAUUCAUAUAGCUAAUAGUGGCCUGAGGUCAGAUUCAAACUUGGGAAGAUGAGUCUUCUUGACUCUAGGCCCAAUACUAUCUACUGCGCCAUCUUAACUGCCCACAGUAGAAUAAAGGAAGGAAUUGUUUUUACCUUUCUACCUUUAUUUUGUAGUGCUUUUAAGAUUCUUGUUGACUGAUAAUAAUAAUAGCUAACGUUUAUAUGCAAAAUGCUUCACAAAUAUUAUCUUGUUUUAUCCUCAUAGCAACCCCAGGAGGGAGAUAUUAUUUUUAUCCCCAUUUUACAGAUCAAGAACCUCAAGCAGAAAGGGUCAUAUAGUUAAUAAAUGUCUGAGGUUGAAUUUGAACUCAGGUCACCCAAAUUCCAAGUCUAGCACUCUACUCAUUGUUUCUAAGAAGUCAAAACUGUCUUCUCCCAAUAAACCGUGAGUUUUUAUAUAAUUUCCAUGAUGUUUUAUAUAAACUUUGUGCUUCCUACUAUAUCAUAGUGUUCUACCUGGAAGUUCUUAAUAACAAAAUAAUUUAAUUAGAUAUAUUUUAGACUUGCUCUUUUCCUUCAUUUAGUCUGUUCUUCAGUGACAAACAAAAUAUAGGUUGAUACUCCACCCUAUCCCCUCCAUGACUAUUUUAAUUAUGGUCAGAUGUUUUUAUUUUAUGUUACCUCUAAAGUGGUAUUUGGGUGACUGAGUUGGGUUUUUGUUAUGAAGCAAAUUGAGUUGAUUAUAUUAAUUUUACAGUCUUUCAGAUGAGAUCAUAGAAAUCAUGGCUUUCUGAGUUCAACUACAUGUUGGAUUUACAAAUCCAUCUGGGGAAAGAGUUGAAGAAAUUUUUGGCAGCCAGAAGACUAGCUCUUGUAUAAGUUGCUAAUUAGGAAGAACAGCAGUUACUCUAUCCCAUUGGAUUUUAUUUUCUGAAGGAACAUAUACAAUUCUACAGGUAAUUUCAAGGUCAUCAAUCUGGAUCAGUUCUUUUAAAAAAUUAUUACUGAUAAUAAUAAAUAUUAUAAAUAUUUAAUAAUUAAAAUAAAUUUAAAUAAAAAAUAACAUAGUGCUUUUAAGGUUUUGCAAAGUGCUUUACAUUUUUACCUCAUUUGAUCCUCACAACAAUCCUAUGAGGGAAGUGCUAUUACUAUUAUCUCCAUGUUAUAGAUAAAGAAGUCACAAUUCUUAUUUGUUCAUGGAUUUCAACCAGUAAGUCAGAGUCUGAAUUAUAGAGUUGGAAAGGGCCUUGGGAGUUCUCUAGUUUGGGGCCAGUAUUUUUAAAAAACCAUUUGUUUUUUUUCCCCCAAUUAAUGAGUAUUUCUUUUUUUUUUAAUAUGGCUGAGUGCAUUUGCUCAGAGUAAUAUUUCCAUUUAUAUGAAGAUGAGGGUUUUAAAAAAAUAUUUAAUUAAUGUAGAAUAUUUUUCCAUGGUUACAUGAUUCAUAUUUUUUCCCUCCUCUCUUCUCUCCCUCCUCCCAUAGUCAACAAGCAAUUCAUCUGGGUUUUACCUGUAUUAUUGAUCAAGACCUAUUUCCAUAUUAUUAAUAUUUGCAAUUGAGUGAUCAUUUAGAAUCUAUAUCCCCAUUAAUGUAUCAGGCUCUGUGUACAGUGUUCUCCUUGUUCUGCUCCUUUUGCUCUGCAUCAAUUCCUGGAGGUCGGUCCAGUUCACAUGGAAUUCCUCCAGUUCAUAAUUCUUUUUCAGCACAAUAGUAUUCCAUCACCAACAGAUACCACAAUUUGUUUAGCCAUUCCUCAAUUGAUGGACACUCCUUCAUUUUCCAAUUUUUUGCCACUACAAAGAGCAUGUCUAUAAAUAUUUUUCUACAAAUCUUUUUUCCUUAUCUCUUUGGGAUACAAAUCCAGCAGUGGUAUGGCUGGAUCCUUCAAAGGGCAGGCAGUCAUUUAAAGCCCUUUGGGCAUAAUUACAAAUUGCCUUCCAGAAUGGUUGGAUCAGUUCACAACAAUGAAUAUUUCUUUUCAUCUUCUACUCAUCCCUACUCUCCCAACUGAACACUUUUUGAAAGAAUUAAAACCCUUCUAACAAAUAUACCUAGCCAAAUCACUUUUAUAUUUGUCAUGUCCAAGGCUGCCUUAUUUUACAUUUUAAGCCCAUAACCUCUUCUAAGAAAUGCAUAGUAACAAAUGCUUCAUCUUUAGCUUUCUGGCAUCAUGGUUGGGCCUUGUGACCAAGUCUUCCCAAAUGAUAGUUCUUUAUAAUGUCGUCGUAUAAGUUGUUUCUUAGUUCUCUCUUCAGUGUAUCACUUCAUAGAUUUCCAUUUUCCUCUGAAACUGCCCGUUUCAUUAUUUUUUAUGUUGUAAUAAUAUUCCAUUACAUUCACAAACCAUUUUCCUUUUUUUUUUUAAUUUCAAUUAUAUGUAAAAACAAUUUUUAACAAUUGGUAUCUGACAUUUUGCAAUUCAGAUUUUCUCCCUUCCCCCCUUCCCUCCUGUUGUGGGAGAGCUGUUCUGGAAACCUGGGCCAGGAAGUGAUACUUUCUCAGGAAUGACAAGGCUCCAGUAAUUAGCUUUAAAAAUAGAAGAAAUUUAUUAAGUUUAAUGCAACUUGAAUUGUUGGGUUGAGUGGCUAGGAGGCAGGAGUAGGUGGAAUACUGCCUCCUAGAGGAGAUAGAGUUUGGGAUAUUUUUACCCUCUUUGCAAUAGGGCCUCCAUGACCAGAGAUGGGAUGAUGGUGGGGGGAUGUGUUAUGAUACAGAGGGGAGGAGUGAUGGUGGGUGAUGGAGUGAUGUUUUUUGAGAUUCUGGGAUCUGAGAUGGGUCAUGUGGCGUCCUAUGCCUUUUCAAAGUCAAAAGGGGGGAGAAUGAGUUCAGUUCAGAAGAUGGUUAGAUGUCUGAGCUCAAAACAGAUGCUUACUGGAAGCAAGUGUAAAAAAGAGAGGAUUUUGAUGGUUUGUCUCACUGGAAAAGAUAUCAUCACCAGUGAAACAGUUGAGUGGACCAAGUGGUGAGAGGUGAACCCUGAUGAUGGAAAGAAGCUGGCAAGAUCUCUCCCUGCUUAGGUGAAUUAAAGCAGGAAGUUGAGGUUACUUCUAGAGAAAAAGAAAAGAAGACUUUCUACUUUCUCAAGGCAUAUUUUAACAGACUGUAUCCCUUGAGCACUAAAGAGCACAGAAGCUGAGGGGGAAAAGGUAUCUGCUUCCCCUUUCAGCUGUUCCUCCAUGGAGAUUGUGACAGACCUAGUCUGAUCUUGCCACUGACUGGACAGGAUUCAAUCUGGAGUCCUGUCCCCAAUUGCCCAAUCAACCCUCUUGAUAUGAAGACAGGCCAAACCCAGAUCUGACUUAACUAAGGAUUUAUUUGAAAGGAAAGGGUAAUGUGUUGAAGGAAAAUGGGAGAAGGUUGCCCUGUCAAGCUAAACCCUCAGCUGUUGGAUCAAGAGGCAAGCGCCCAAACCCCAAAGUUCUCAGCCCCCUUUCCAGCUGUCUGCUUUCUUUAUCUCUAAACUAAUGUAUCUUUACACCAAAAAUAAUUCAGGGAUGGUUAGGAGAGACCAAGAAGAAGCCAGAGGGCUGGGCUCAAGGGUUUGUGUGAGUCCUUUCCUCAGGAAUAGAGAUCUUGAUGGCAGGUAGAGGAAAUAGUGAAUGGAUUUCUUUUGGAGAAUACAGCUGCAGGAAUCAAGGCAAGAAGCCUAGGUCCUUUUGUGGUUUUGGGGAAUUCCUUCAGCUGCCCAGAAGUGAACUUUUUAGCUCACCUUCCUGAAUCAGAAGACCCCCCCCCCCAAUCUCCCCCAGCCACCAGUUCUCUUCCCACAAUCCUUUGCUGUCAAACUGUCACUGUAGUGCUUGUCAGUCAAGCACAGGAUUCCAAAGGUCUCUCUCCAAUUUUGACGCAAGCUGGGAGGUACCUAUCUGUACUCAUCAAAAAUGAGGGGAGAGCCUGGAGGAAAUGUUCCUCUCAGCUCAGUCAACUUCCUUCUGUGCUACAGGAAUACAAGGGGAAAUGAAUCCUUUAUGUACUCUCUGACCUGGGACAUCUUCUGGGGUUUUGGGGUGUCUAGGCAAGUUCCAUACCCUCCUAUUACUACUUCCCCAAGGUGGUAAACCAUCUGAUAUAUGCCGGUACUGUCAUGCAAUAUGUAUUUCCAUAUUCCUUGUGCUGUGAAAGAAGACAUACUGCACAUGAGAAAAAACUCAUGAAGGACAUAAAAAUUGAAAAAUGGAAUGCUUUCAUCUGCAAUCAGAUUCCAACAGCUCCUUCUUUGGCUAUAGAUAGCCUUUUUUUUUAUCAUGUCUUUUGGGGUUAUCUUGGAACCUUGCAUUUGUCAACCUGGAAAAACAAAACAUGAAGGCAGCCACAAAGAACAAGGGAGACAGUGCUCUUAUGGCAACCACACAGUCAAGCGUACACAGGACAACACACCACACCACACUGAGUUAAGCUUUAAGACUGGGGAAAUGCACCAUGAAUGGGAAUCUUCAUCAUGAGAUUUUCUAGCGAACUAAAGAACUUGGGAAUAUGGAAAUAUAGGAAAGGAAGGACAACUGACCAAAUACCUAGGGGCUUGGGAAAGAGGUUAUGGCCUGAGGCUAAGGUGUCUGGGAGAGGCCCAAGUACAAUUAGAAACCAAGAAACCAAAAAAGGUACUUAAGACUUGAGUACAGUGGUACCUUGACACCAGAGUUUAAUUUGUACCAUGGCCAAGCUCGUAACUCAAUUAACUUGUGUGUCAAAUCGAAUUUCCCCAUUUAAAUGAAUGAAAAUACAAUUAAUCCAUUCUGGCCCUCAAAAACCACAUGACUUUUUUGUUUUAUGUCCUUUUAAAUAUGAAAAUGUACUUUGUAAAUAAUAAAUAUAUUUAUAGAUAAUAAAGCAUGUAAAGAAAUAAA